AGAUGGCGGCGGGCGGCACGGCGCGGGGCCGGAGGCUCUCGGACACCCGCGGCCCCGCUCGCCCGGCCCGGCCACGGCCACGGCACCGGGCUCGGCGCUCCGCGGAGGCGGCCCCGGCAACGGACCCCGCACAGCCCGCGGGGGAAACAGCAGACACGGCGAGCCCGUGUUCAUCACAUGAAGCUGCUGAAGGACGACCUGCAAAGAGGAUGAAAUACGAAGAAAGCAAUCUAAAAUCAGAGCUAGAGGGACUCACGUGUGAAAGUGGAAACCUUGCUGCACUGGGGGAAACACCUAAAACAUCUGAUGGGGAUGGAGGUUCAGAAGAUCCAAGAGACAGCAGUGUAAUCCAACAGGAAAAAGAUGAAAGCAUCCCAGAGACUGACGAAGGGAAGCAGGAGAAGGAGCAUGGUGUUCCUCUGGAGCCACACACGGUGAAAUCCAGCGGUGCUCCAUUAAAAAUGGGUGGAUAUCUGCACCACUACCACGUGUUCAGUGAAGAGGAGAGCAGCUGUGGGAGCUUUGACGGGGCCACCUCGGAGGACGCGGAUCACCCGCGGAGGCCGAUGCUGCUGGAGCACAGCAGUGGCCUCUCGGAUGAGGACAGCAACCAGCCCAUGCCAGUGCACCGGUUCUUUGGAGAUGUUGAACUGCACCUCCCAGCAGUUGUGCUCCCGAGUGUGACGAGGAGCAGGCGAGAAGCCAGGAAGCUGCAUUUCAUUGCAAAGGAAGAUGAUGAAGAGGAGGAGGAGGAGGAAGAGGAUCAUGUCUAACAACAGACUGUAAACAAAUUAAACCUUUCUUCUUUCUCUUUGUGACCACAUAGCAAUGGCUGUGUCAGUAACAUGAGGUGUCUGUCUUUUCUCAGGGAGAGAACUGGGAGAGUUUGUUUUGCUGGAAUUGGCAGAUAUAGUAUUCCAGUGAUUAUCUGGGGCAAAUACUGAAUUUUCAAUGUAUUGGAAAUAAAGUAUAAUUGAGCACUUUA